AUGAAUUGCACGAUAGACUAUAUCUCAAUACUAAACUGCUACACGUGGAUAAUCAAGAAUAAAAAUUACAAUAAAUUCUUCAAUCCGAACGUUUGUCACGUUUGCAAGAGGAGAAACAAUGGAAUUUUAAUUUCAUGCAAACAGUGCCAAAUGAUCUAUUACUGCAGUACCACACACAAAUCGAUGCACUUUCGUCACCACCAGAAAUUUUGCAAUUACGUAAGCGCCAUUAUAUUAGAAAAGCAAGGGACGGAAUGGAAGUCCGUCAGGUCUUCUACACUUCGGUGGACGGAGUCGAGGAACGAACUCUUACAUGUAAUCCAAAAACGGUAUCCAUGCGAUCUACAGCCGUACGAAACUCAAAUGAUCACUUUCGCGAAAUCUUGUCGCAUUUGUCAUCGCCAGGAUCUGCUGUACGCUUGCGAGAUAUGCUACUCAGAUAAUUAUUGCGAAACGGACAUGAAUGAGUUUCAUCGACUGCAUAAAGAAACGUGUGAAAAGUUGCGAUUGUGUCUUUCCCUGGAACUUACGCGUGACAUGUUUACAUUUCACUUCGUAUUCAGCGAUUUUCCAGAAAAAGGCAAACCGAUUGACGAAAUGACUAAAUUUAUCGUAAGAUAUAUUCACAACUUGCGUACUUCAAAUGAAAUCUGGUUGGACACCGACUAUUUUUACUCCGAUUACGCCUCGGGACCGUUAACAUUGUACUACGGGAUGAAGAAUGCGAAUUUAUUAGAUAUUCUAAAACAUAAAAAAACGUGUGUCAUUCAUGUAUUAGGGAGCUACAUCGAAGGGGAAUACACGAGAGCUUGGGAACUUCUCCUGCACCUCUUACAUAAAAUAAAAGAGCUGACGAUUCAUGUGAUAGCGCCCGAUUUAAAAGCCGAAAGCGGGAACGUCGUACUUUGUUCCGAAUUAUUUUUGAGUAAAUACUGGUCAACAUUGCAUAGAGAACAUGUAACGCACGACUGCAGUAUUUUGUAUUGGUUAUAA